AAGAGCACCUCAGAAAGCCAGAGAAACCAGAACUUCUGCUUCAGCAGUGACUGAACGAAAUUCUAUACUCUUUCUAACUUUGCUUUUAUUUCUUUUGAUACCAACCAACCCAUCACAAUGGCAUCUCAGGUCCGCCAGAACUAUCACAGCGACUGCGAGGCCGCUAUCAACCGCAUGGUCAACAUGGAGUUGUGUGCCUCCUACACCUACCUGUCGAUGGCUCACUACUUCAAACGUGAUGAUGUGGCCCUGGAAGGCUUUGCUAAGUUCUUCAAGGAGUUGAGCGAAGAGGAAAAAGAACACGCCGACAAGCUCAUGGAGUUCCAGAACAAGAGGGGUGGCCGCAUCUUCCUGCAAGACAUCAGGAAACCUGACAAGGAUGAGUGGGGCAGUGGUCUGGAUGCUGUUCAGACUGCACUACUGCUGGAGAAGAAUAUCAACCAGGCUCUUCUGGAUGUGCACAAGGUUGCCACUGAUCGUGUGGACCCUCACCUCUGUGAUUUCCUGGAGACACACUAUUUGAAAGAACAGGUUGAGAUCAUCAAGAAACUGGGUGACCACAUCACCAACCUGAGGAAGACUGGUUCCAGCAGCGGUGGGCUGGCUGAGUACUUGUUCGACAAGCUCACCCUGAAGGAGUAACCUGCUCAUCUCCUCUCACAAAUGCCUCCUGAAGAAACUAGACAACAACUUUCUAAAUAAAUCUGCACCAAGUAAUCUAGAAAAGCAUAAUAAAGAUUAGAGGCAAAACCCUU